CAUAUCCUUUGUGGUGGGACGGUAAAGAACAAAACGGAGGACCGGACCAGUGAGUGUGACAAAUGCGACCUUAUCGUGGCCAUUCUAAAGGAAGCAAGCAGAAUCCCUAUUGAAGAUCCGGCUACGGGAGAAAUAUUUGCGCAUUGUCAUGCCGCGUCGGAAGAGGAUAUUGAGCAUGCAGUCCUUGCCGCUCAGCGCGCAUUCAAGUCCGGCGUUUGGGCUCGUGCGAGUCGGCACCAUCGCGCCGAUGUCCUUGAAAAAUGCGCAACACUGCUCUCGGACGCUCUACCGGAACUGAUCGCCCUGGAAACAAAGCAGACAGGAAGGGCCAUCAAGGAAAUGAAUGCCCAAGUUCCUUCCUUGGUGAGAUGGUUCAAGUACUAUGCCUCUCUGCUUCGGGUUGAAGAGCGAGCAGUCCUUCCCACUUCCGGGAAGCUACACAACUUUAUUGACCGAGUGCCCUUGGGGGUGGUGGUGCAAAUCACCCCGUUCAACCACCCCCUUCUGAUUGCGGUAAAGAAGGUGGCCCCGGCCCUUGCCGCUGGAAAUAGCGUCAUUCUCAAGCCAAGCGAGUUGACGCCCUUGACCUCGUUGGUACUGGCAAGAGUUCUUGGGCAGGCUGGAAUCCCGGCAGGGGUGUUCAGUGUACUCCCAGGAUAUGGCGCAACCACGGGCAAGGCCCUGGUGUCUCACCCUUUGGUCAGAAAGGUAGAUGUCACCGGUGGCACUGCUGCAGGUAGAGCAAUCGGGUCGAUUGUGGGCGGAAACCUGGCCAAAUAUACGGCAGAACUGGGAGGCAAAGCCCCGUUGCUCGUGUUCGAAGACGCCGAGAUUGACGUUGCUGUAAAUGGAAUUGCAUUCGGAAGUUAUAUCGCAAGCGGCCAAACCUGCAUCGCCAGCACGCGAAUUGUCGUGCACAACAGCAUCAUGGAUCGCGUCUUACAGAAACUGAAAUCCAAGGUGGAGGGAAUCACGAAACGGAUGGGAGAUCCAAGCAACCCGGAUUGCAUGAUGGGACCUCUGAUCUCGGAAAAGCAACUUCAGAACGUCGAGAGACUCGUCAACGACGCCGUGGCGGGUGGCAUGGCCGUCCCACUCAUUGGGGCUAAGCGAAUGACGGGAAAGAGUGCGCUUGAUGGAUUUAACCUUUCCAAGGGUUACUUCUACGAGCCCACCGUACUCGUAUCUCAUCAGGGGUUCAAUAAUAUUGUCAAUACCUCUCUCUGGCGAGAAGAGGCAUUUGGGCCGGUCGUCGUUGUUGUCGGAUUUGACAUCGAGCAACAGGCCAUUGAUUUAGCAAACGACACUGAGUUCGGCCUGGGGGCUAGUAUCUGGACGAAGGAUCUUUCCCGAGCCUUUCGAGUCUCGGAACAAAUUGAUGCGGGCAUUGUGUGGGUGAACACCCAUCAUCGCAAUGACCCCAGUAGUCCCUGGGGAGGUGCGAAGGCGGCAAGUGGCGUUGGAAGUGAAAACGGAAUCGACGCUUAUCACGCAUACACGACGACAAAGAGCACCAUUGUCAACUAUGCGAUCCCAGAAGAAUCACUUGCGACAGAUGAUUGGUUUGGGGAGGGACCUAAAAAUGUUAGAUACGGCUGA